CCAUUACAUUGCACGCUUGUUUUGGUGGCCGGCCUCGUCGCGGGGAAGUGACGUCACCUGACGCGACUUUCUUCCAUCCCGGGUGAGGAGAAGAUUCUGGAAGAACCGAGGUGUGAAAGGGCUUCAAAACAGUUGUCUUCAUUUCAGAUAAUCCUUUAAAGGGAACCAUGGUCAAAGAAACAGGCUAUUAUGACACGCUGGGUGUGAAACCUAACGCCACUCCAGACGAGCUGAAAAAGGCCUAUCGCAAACUAGCUUUGAAAUAUCACCCUGACAAAAAUCCUACAGAAGGAGAGAAGUUCAAGCAGAUCUCACAAGCAUAUGAGGUGUUAUCAGAUGCCAAGAAGAGGGACCUGUAUGACAGGGGCGGUGAAAAGGCCAUAAAAGAAGGAGGGACUGGUGGUGGUGGUGGUGGGAGCUUUGCAUCACCUAUGGAUAUCUUUGACUUGUUCUUUGGUGGAGGAAGUCGUAUGCAUAGAGAGCGAAAAGGGAAGAAUAUUGUUCACCAGAUUUCAGUGACGCUGGAAGAUCUUUAUAAUGGAACAACAAGAAAACUUGCCGUCCAGAAGAAUACCAUCUGUGAGCGAUGUGAAGGCCGUGGGAGCCGUAAAGGAGCUGCACAGACAUGCGUGUCCUGCCAUGGCACAGGGAUGCAGGUGCGCAUGCACCAGAUUGUGCCAGGUAUGGUGCAGCAGGUGUCCACCGUGUGCCACAGCUGCCAGGGACAAGGACAGAGAAUCAACCACAAGGACCGCUGCAAAGUUUGUGUAGGGCGGAAGAUCCUGCGACAGAAGAAGAUUUUGGAGGUUCACAUUGACAAAGGAAUGAGAGAUGGACAGAAGAUUGUUUUCCACGGAGAGGGGGACCAAGAGCCCGGAAUCGAACCAGGAGAUAUCGUCAUUGUCCUGGACCAGCGAGAGCAUCCGGUGUUCACCAGGAGAGGAGAGGACCUCAUCAUGUCCAUGGAGUUACAGCUGGUAGAGGCUUUGUGUGGCUUCAAGAAACCUGUUCAGACACUGGACAACAGAACUCUGCUUGUCACGUCACAUCCAGGGGAGUUAAUCAAGCCUGGAGACACCAAAUGUGUCCUGAGUGAAGGGAUGCCCACAUAUCGCAGACCGUUUGAGAAAGGACGUCUUAUUAUUCACUUUACAGUGGUGUUCCCACAAGCCAAUUUCCUCCCCAAGAACAAGCUGAAGGAGCUGGAGCGCUACCUCCCAGAGAAGAUGGACGGAGAGGAGCCGGAAAGCAUGGACGACGACCUCUACAUCUACGCCGACCUGGAGGACUGUGACUUGGAGAACAGAAAAAGACACAAACAUCAGUACUACUACAUGGAUGAAGACGACUACGCCAGCACCGGUGGCGUUCAGUGCCAGACGUCUUAAAUAACAUCCUCAAAACAAAACAAGAGAAUCUCUAAUGCAAAGCACCUUUUUUUAUUUUUAAAAUUCCGUGCACUUUCUAUUAUCUUAAAAUCAUUUUGUGUCUUUCUGGGAUAGUGUAGUGAGUGUUCAGGUUCCAUUACUCGAACUUGGAUUCAGCAGAGUGAUAUUCCUCGUGAUCUCUGGGACUUUUGUUUUAACUUUAUUUUAAAAACAACUUUGAUUGUCACACUGUGAUUCCAGACGAGGGUCUAGGUGUAACUGCUUUUUAUGCGCUUACACAAACAUUGUACGCUAACGUUAGUAUAAAAUAAUCAUUUUAUAGUGAUAGUCAGUUGUUGUGUACUACUUGUAAAUGGUUCGGUGCGACAUGUGAGGGUCAAGAGGAUGGCGGAGGGGGAUUUGCAUUGAAACUUGAGUUGAGACAUUUAAGCUGUUUUACCCCUUCAAGGGCUAUUUUCUAAGACACAUAUAAACAACUCUUGAAAAUGUUUGUUAAUAGAAAAGUUUAACAAUGAUUCAGGUAGGGAAACUUUGAGGUUCAAGCCACUAAAUGCACUCAUUUGCCAGUUCAUUUGGUUCAGUAGUGAAAACGAAUACAUGUGCAGGAGUCCUGAACUCAAUCUUGGCUUCAUGAAGGUUACAUAGACUGUAUAUAAAUAUGGACAACGUCUGCCCACUUCCUUGCAUUAGCCAAACUUACGCUAUUUUCCUAGGGAUGCGGGAGCCAGAGUCUGUGUUAUGAAUGACCCGGCCACACUUCCUUCUGACUCGCUCGCGUUUCCUUUAAGUAAUACUAAGAAAAUGUUGAAAUAUACACUGUAGUAAUUUUUCAGUGGUAACUGCUUAAUGCCAUUAUGUCACAUCCUGUUUGUACAGCUUCAAAUAACUAACGAAAAUGAAACUUAACCAAAAAAUGUCACUUGGACAUGCAACAACAUUUUAUUAACUACCUAAAAUGAUUGAAACUAUCCCUGAAAAACAGAUGGGUUUAACGUGUAUUUUAAUGUUUUAGUUCGGUCCAUCCACUAACGUGGAGGAGGUGGAGCUUAUGACCUAUAUCUGUAAAGGUUCUCAGUCAUCCAGGUUAUUCAACGCCUUUUGGAUACUUAUGACUUAUACUGCAUCCAAACACUAGGUGGAGCCCUACUAACUUUGGCUUCACUUUAAAGGAGCCGUUCUUCCAUCUUUAUGCAGACUAUGGGAGGUUAUGGUCUACAGCAUCUGUUUAAAACAGCUUGGAUUAUAUUGUGUUGUACCAACACAUGUUUCUGUUUUUUUGCCAACCCCCAUUCUAGUCCGUGGACUAGACUAAAUAACAGAAACACACAUUUAAUUUAGCCCAGUUUAACAGCACCACAAACUACAACCUUCAUUAUGAUCAUACAUUUAAAUGACCACGUCUCUUACUGUUUAUAAACUGAACAUUAAAAGUGAUAUGAAGGAAUAUUUAGUGCACAGUUGUUGUCCCUAGUGUACCUAAUGAGCUGGCAGUGAAUGCACUUGUAUAUUAUUCCAGCGAAUAUUUAAGUUGAGUGUAAUAAUUUUUACUAUUUCUGAGCUGCUUUUAGUUCCACGAGAAACGUCGUUAUGUACAGAUGAGCGUGGUGAGUGUGCGUCUGUGUGUACAGUCAUCAUGUGUCGCUCUGAAAACGAACUUCAUAGGUCCUAAUGCCACCAUGGCACCCUGUUAGAGUUUGGCCAUUCUUUCGUACUUCUGCUGAAGUUAUUCCCCAUCAUGUUAUAAGUAGUGCUUAAAAAGUGUCCCACAGGGUUUUUAAGUGCCAAGUUGCUCCCACCUUGGAUGGAAUAAAGUGGCUGAAGUCUAAAUCGUAAAGGCUCAGUGCUGAUGGAAGGAUUUUGAGUUUUGGAUUUAAAAUCACUGGACGAUGAUUGGGUUUUUGCUGAUCGUAGCUAUUGACUUGUGUCUUCUUCUUUUUUUUUCAUAAUAUUUCUAGACCUAAUUGUAAAUGCCAAAAGAGUCCCAGGAGGUUAUGGAGGGACUUAACAUUGGCAAAAUUAAUACCUCAUUGGAGUGUCUGCCUGUUUGAAAGCCUUAUCACAGCUUAACUUGAAGUUACUUGGUAAUGCAUCUUAUUCAGUGACUUGAUCUCUGCCUUGGGUAUUGUUAACAAUUAUUAAGCUAACAGAGGGGUUUCUUUGAUCAGUCCUUCAGUAGUUCUCGAAAGCAGAUGCAAGAUUUAUGAGUCCUCUUAAUGUCGAGGACUUCAGUGCAAACUUUAACUCAAAUAAGUGUUGUCAUGGUCUUAAGUCCUUCAACUUUAUGCGUGUUAGGACCAACAAUCUUACUCGUUUGUGCUUGUGUUUUACAAUUAAAUGUUAUUUGAAGAUCUUU